CCUCCAAGAUGGUAGGAAAGUUGUUGUUUUGGAGGGCAGAGGAGCCGCUCUCUGAUGUUAUGUCCUCUCAGUGCCUGUAGUGGUGCUGUAGGAGGCUGCUGGCUCUCUUCUUGAGCAGCCCCAGCAGCCCUGCCUUCUUUGCUGGAGAAUAUAUUCAGGGAUUCCCCUUAAUAAUCACCUACCCUCUGAGCACUUUGUAGUUUUAAAAUAAUAAAGAGCCCCCAAAGCUUCCUCCCCACAAAAAGCAGGAUCUUCUCAGAGCCAGGGGGGCAGCAGCUCCUCAGCACAGAGCCCGAGCCCAUUCCCAGUCCCUCUGCUGGGGAGGAAACUCUGAUCUGUCAGCCCAACAGAGGGAAAGGGGGGAGAGGAGAGAGAGGAGAAAAAAAAAGCAGCUGGAAAGGGAAAAGAACGUCUGGUAGUUGUGAAGUGAGCCCACUGGAAAACCCACCAACGCGCUUCACCCCGCACAGACAAUCUGCUUCAUCUUGAUUCAUCAUCAUUCCAGGAUAGUGGUGUCCUUGGGGCUCUCUCUUAAGAUUGAUAUGGUACAGAAGAUUUAAAAUCAGCUGAUGUUCACAAGGAAUAGAGUCACGUGAUGUAUGAAGGCAAACACAUACACUUCUCUGAGGUUGACAAUAAGCCCUUGUGCUCAUAUAGCCCCAAACUGUGCAAGCAGAGGCGACUUAACGGCUACGCCUUCUGUAUCAGACACGUUCUGGAGGACAAGACUGCCCCCUUCAAGCAAUGUGAAUAUGUGGCCAAGUAUAACAGCCAACGCUGCACCAACCCCAUCCCCAAAUCUGAGGACCGUAGGUACUGUAACAGCCACCUGCAGGUACUUGGCUUUAUACCGAAAAAGGAGAGGAAGAAAAAGAAUGAUCCCAUAGAGGAGGUAAAGGUCAGGCAUCAGAUGGAUGCUAUGGCCUUCAGUCUGACAGUGCCCAGCCUGGCCUUGAAGAUGCCCAAUGGGCUGGAUGGGAUGUCCCUCUCCCCUCCAGGGGCUAGGCUUCCUCUCCACUACCUGGAGGCAGAAUUAGAAGACCCCUUUGCUUUCAACGAGGAGGAUGAUGACCUAAGGAAAGGGGCAACAGUGAGGAAAAAGUUGCAGAGCAAGUUGGCUCAAAACCGGCAGCGCCAGAGAGAGACAGAGAUUUUAAAAGUUCGCCAAGAGCACUUUAGCCCCCUUCCUGCACCUUUGCAGCAGCAGCCUCUGCAGCAGCAGCACUCCCAUCUGCCACCUUCAUCAGCUUCGUUAAAGCCGACAGGGCUACCGCAGGGCAUAGUCUGCAAGUCACCUCAACCUCCGAACACCAGCCUACCAAUGCAGGGAGUGGCACCCACCACACACACUAUAGCACAAGCCCGGCAGUUGUCUAACAAGAGACCUCUGCCUCUCCUGCCACCCGCUAGGGCUCCUGUCACGGACCCUCCAAGGACUGAUCGGGUCCUCAUGAAAGCCACAGCCUUCUCUCCGCACUCAUCCUGCAUGAGCCGGCUACAGAGACUGGUGAAACUGUGCACUCGAAAACAGCAGCUGGACACUGAUCUGUUUCCACAUUUAGGGCUGGAUUGGUCUGAAGACAGUGGAGAAGAGUUGGAGGAUUCAGAGCAAACCUCCCCUUACCAGGUUGCGUGGUCUAUCCGAGAAACCCUUGGCUAUGAGAGACAUGAGUCCGAUGAUGACAAUGCAGAUGACAGGAGUUCCAGGGUGACCAGACUUUGCACUUACUUUCAGCAGAAAUACAAGCACCUCUGCCGCCUGGAGCGGGCAGAAUCUCGUCAGAAGAAGUGCCGGCAUACACUCCGGAAAGCCUUGCUGCAGGCGGCCAGCAGAGAGCCGGAGCGUGCUGGGCAGCUGAUACAAGAACUCCGAAGAGCUGCGUGUGCUCAUACCAGCACAAGCCAAGCGAGGCAGAGAGAUGCAGAACCAACAACCUGUAGUGGGACUUCGAAGGGAGAACAGUGCACUAACAAGGCCCUUCCAUUCACCAGGCAUUGUUUUCAGCAUAUCUUAUUGAACCGUUCUCAGCAGCUCUUCUCAAGUUGCACAGCCAAGUUUGCGGAUGGUCAACAGUGCUCUGUGCCAGUUUUUGACAUUACACACCAGACACCUCUGUGCGAAGAACAUGCCAAAAAAAUGGACAAUUUCUUGAGAGGGGACAGCUCCCGUAAAGUUCAGCACCAGCAGCAGAGGAAACCCAGGAAAAAAACGAAGCCACCUGCACUUACUAAAAAACACAAGAAGAAGAGAAGGCGAGGCCCACGCCGGCCCCAGAAGCCCAUUCCUCCUGCAGUGCCCCAAGGGAACCUCACCAUGCCUGCCAGUGUCUCACUGCCAGUAGAGAUGCCCCACAUACGGAGCCCCUCCACACCAGAGCUGAGUACUGAUGAGCUGCCUGAUGAUAUCGCCAAUGAAAUCACAGACAUUCCACAUGACUUGGAAUUGAAUCAGGAGGACUUCUCUGAUGUCCUGCCACGGCUGCCCGAUGACUUGCAAGAUUUUGAUUUCUUUGAAGGUAAAAAUGGAGAUCUCCUUCCGACUACAGAAGAGGCUGAAGAACUGGAACGGGCCCUGCAGGCUGUAACUUCUCUUGAGUGCCUGAGUACCAUUGGAGUACUUACACAGACAGAUGGUGUGCCAGUUCAGGAGCUGUCAGAUAGAGGGAUAGGGGUGUUCUCUACAGGUGCUGGAGCUCCAGGAAUUCAGUCCUUGAGUCGAGAGGUUAACACGGAUCUGGGGGAGCUGUUGAAUGGGCGUAUAGUACAUGAUAAUUUCUCCGGUCUGGAGCUGGAUGAGAACUUGCUCCGUUCUGCUACCUUGUCCAACCCACCUACGCCCCUGGCAGGGCAGAUCCAGGGGCAAUUCUCAGCCCCAGCCAACGUCAGCCUUACUUCUGCCACUCUGAUAAACCAGAGUGGCCUUGGGGAGAGAGCCUUCCCAGGACAGUUUCAUGGACUUCAUGAUGGCAGCCAUGCCUCCCAGAGGCCCCACCCUGCCCAGCUGCUGAGCAAGGCAGAUGACCUGAUCACCUCACGACAGCAAUACAGCAGUGACCAUUCACACUCCUCACCCCAUGGAAGCCAUUAUGAUAGUGAGCAUGUGCCGUCUCCCUACAGUGACCAUAUCACAUCCCCUCACACCACAUCCUUUUCUGGUGAUAACUUGGCAGCUACCUUCUCAGCAGAGAUGCCCAUGAUGGCACAGCACUUGCUCCCAACUCAGCUGGAUGUGCCACUUAGCGGGGUGGUCAACCCCAGAACUCACUGGGGAAAUCUUCCUGUCAAUCUUGGGGACCCCUCUCCGUUUAGCAACCUUCUUGGUGCAGAUGGACACCUCCUGUCCACCUCCCUGUCCACACCACCUACCACCUCGCACUCAGAGACCACACAGCCUGCCUUCGCCACUGUGACCCCCAACAGCUCCAGUGUGCUUCCGGGGUUACCGCAGACCAGUUUUAGUGGCAUGGGUCCUGCCUCCGCUGAACUCAUGGCCUCCACCUCCCCUAAACAACAGCUCCCUCAGUUCAGCGCAGCCUUUGGGCACCAGCUGAGCUCCCACAGUGGCAUCCCCAAGGACCUGCAGCCCAGCCACAGCUCCAUAGCUCCUCCCACGGGCUUCGCAGUGACCGGUGCCACCGCUACCAGUACCAAUAAUGCAUCCGCGCCCUUCACCACCUCCAACUGAGCUUGUCUGCCUGGCUCUGUGCAGGUAGAUGGGGGACCUGUGUUUUCUAUCUUUCCUUUUUUCCUUUUUCUUUAUUUUUUUUCUGUCCUCCCUUCCCUUUUUUUUAAGAGGGGGUUGAGAAGAAAACCCCUGCUUCAGUACUGACCAGGGUUAGCCCUCUGUGAACCUUGCUGUAGCGUUCACAUGUGCUUGUUAUGCACCGGUGCUCAUUUAUUGCAGGCAGGUUCACUGUUCCCCAGUAAUUCCUUAAGGAUACAGCACAGUUACUGGAUGUAAUUGACCUUAGCAGUAAGACCUAGAAAUGGGAAGAUACCUCAGAUUACUGAUGCAUGUUACUGUUUCCUAGGGUUCGGAUCAGUGCUUGCCAUCCCAUUAGCAUCUGGUAGAAGGUUUUCCAGUGGGCAGAAGUCUCUUGAUUUUUUUUAUUAUUUUUUUUUAUUUACUUUUUUCUGAAGGUAGCAUCCGGCAUGGAAAACUUGGCUGCACACAAUUGAUUUGAGAAUGGUGCACUGAAGUCCUAAGUCAAGAUCGUGGUUCAAGGAUGAGUUUGGCAGUUUCUUAAAAUAGUUUCUUGACCUCCUCAGUGUGCGUGUGUGUGUUUGGGGUGCAGGAGCAGCAGUUCCUUUUCUUCUUUUGGUGAAGAAGUGGGAGUUGUCCCCUUCCAGAACUAGUCACUGUUCUUACUGCAUGCUGAUUUUUGUUCCUCUAUUACGAUGAUUUUUAAUUCAUUGAGCAGCAAGGGGAUCAGUUGACUGGUUGCCCAGAAAUCUGAAGGCUGAUAUGAAGUUAGCCCAGGAAAAAAAAAGAAAGAAAAACAGAAGGAUUGAAAUAGAUUCUGAAUUAGUGAAGAUUCCUGUGCAGAAAUUCCCUCCCUUGCUGAAUUACUGUGGCCUUGCAGCAUUGAUGAUUUGCCUUUUCAAGUGUGGCUUUGUCCAGAACUCCUUGCCUGACAGGCUGACAGGUAUUUCCCAGCUGAAACUGGAAGAAUUUGAUUGGUAUUCUGCCCAUCCACACAAGUCUAGGUCAGACCCUUUGGUAAGUUUCAAAUGGACACAUUUCUCAAAUUAUGUCUAGCUACUUUUUUGGAUAGUUCCCCCCCCCCCCCCCCCCCCCAGGAGCCAUACAGGUUUUUUUGACACUUGUAGGGUUUGAUGCUCUUUAUGGGAAGCUGAAUGUAUGUAAGAAACUAGCAGGUACCUAUCAGCAGUCAUGGCUAACCAAAAGAGAAAUCGCUAAAGCAAAAGAGAGAGGUGAGAAUUCCUUCUGUCUGCAGGACAGUUUUGCUUUUACUGCCCCCCUGCUAAAGAUAGUAUUCAGACUCUUCAGUAGUAAUUUCAGUUCUUGAAAAAGGAGUCCGCUAGCUUUUAGAUUUUUUUUUUUAAAUGUUUUUUAAUCCAAGAGAGAACAGCAGCAGAAAUUCUGAGGUGUUUACUUGCAUCUCUUUAUCAGGAAGGGAAAAAAGGAACUUGCUUGUGACUUUAUAGGGCUCAAACUUGCUACUGUACUCUGACUUUGACUGUAAAAGUAGCUCCCACUUGUUAUAACAAGUCUCUACUCUUCUUGGUUUGUUUCUGAGAUGCACAUGAGAGAGAAUAGAAAAUCCCACAUUUCAGUCUCUUACUGUAGAAGACAGAUUUCAUUCUACCUUAUAGUAAAAUGUCCUACCUGCAUGUAUUCUAGUCUAAUUCAGGAAAUUAAGAGAUACCAAGCACAUGUAAUAGGGAGGCCUAAUAAAUUGUUUGAGCAAGGGAUCAUUGAACGAAGUUUAGUUGCUAUAGAAAUUUAUUUUAUUAGCAGUCAGGCCCACACCAAAAUCUCUGACCCAAACCUCUGCUUCCAUCUUGCUAAGGAACCGAAUUUAAAUGGGAUAGGUCUUGUGUCUUCUUACUAUCGUAGCAAUCAUACUAUCCCUCUUUUCUUGAAAGAUUUGUCCUCCUUAAAUAUAAAGGAGUAUGGAUGAUGCAUAUGUCCUUUUCUGAAAUUGCAAGUGUAUGUGGGUGGAGGAAACAAAAAUUAUUUUCAUGCUUCUGUUGUUAUGAAGUCCUUAUUUCAUACUUGGUAAAAUAGAUCUUAAUAAUAUAAGCCGAAUAUUUUUAAGUGGUGAUUUACAUAUGUUUGUAACAUUUAAAUGUUUUUAAAUCAUGUAAAAAGUUGAAUUGAAGCCUAUGAAAUCCUGCUUGUGAUUGUCCUGCUGAUUGAGGAAUGCCCAGUGGUAUUGUGAAAUGAGGCAAAUCUGACAAGGCAUUUAUUUAUUUUUGUAUUAUGUUCCCCAUACUUUGUUGAGGAGACAACUGUUUGAUUUGCAAAUGAUUUUUGUUGUGUCCAUAUACCUUCUUCAUUGUGUUUGGAUGACUGGCUGAAAAAGAGUGGAGAACUAGUAUACCAAAUGGUUAAUUCUUUAAUCUGCUUGUGUAUUCAUGUCAUUUUAGAGGAUGUUAAUUUCUAUAAAUUGGUUUCAGGACUUUGGUCUUGAAAUCAUUCUUGUGCCCAUCAAACUUUUUAAUGAAGCUGCGGCUACUGCAGAGUAUGUUUGCCCCACAUCACAUUUCUCUUUCUUAGCAAAUGCCAGGGGGGAAGGGAAGAGAGGAACUGAGAGCCAAGUUCUGCUUGGUCAAGUUGGUAUAAAUUACAGAGGAGCUUUUUAGUCUAAGGUCACUGUGAGUUUGUACUGUUCUAACUCAGAACAGAACCCAGCUCCUAAUCUCAGCAUUGAUUUAGACAGGGAAUUUCAAAACCUGUCAAAGCUAUGCAGGUCCAUAAUUCCCAUUUGAAAUCAAUGGUCGUUAUGUACCUGCAUUCCUUUAAGGCAGCCUAGGAUAUCAACUCUCUUCCCCCACUUAAACUUCAAUCUUUGUAUAUCCCUUGAUGACUCUUCCCUGAAAAGUGACUACGUAACAUUUUUCAAUGAGCAAACUAAGUUUGCAAUAAAGCUGCACUUUUAAAAAUAAACUUCAGUUUGUAUACAUUUGAAAUAGGAAUCCCUCUGUCCUGUCUGACACAGAGUUCUGAAAUGGGUCACCACUCUUGCCUUUUCCUGGUUCACCUCCUGUUCUUUCACUGCCGCCGAUUUCAUGGUUACAGUCUACCAAGCAGUUACGGGUCUUGGUCUUAGCUUUACAAGGUGGAUCAUUCCAGGUGGGCUUCUACACCCACACAACCUGUUGACUUCAGUGAAUUGGUGUCUUACUGUUGGAUGUGAGAGAUCCAGUUUGAGAGGUAUGUGCAGCCAGAGAUGUUUCACACCUCUUCUUCUGGGAAAUACUGCAGGUCUGGUUAAGAUAGUCCUCGAGGCUGUUAUUUAUGUUGUUCCCAAGUAGAAUCCAUGCUCUCUCGCAAAGGUUUUUGAGUAUCAUCUCCUCGUAUAGCAAUUAGCACUCUAUCACCCUUUCGCCAAAGAGCCAGUGUAGCAAUUUCAGUCCAUUGAUUUGAGAUGGUCGAUACCUGUCGUGCCCUUUACAUGUUAACAAAUGAAAUAAAGCUAGUUGAACCUAAAUGUUAAUUUCUUUACACAAGAUUUGAGUUUUAAAGAAUUGGAAAAAAAAAUUAGACUUAGAAUAGAAUACCAGUAACUUCGUUUUUGGUAAUAAUAGCACCUCAAUUAGUCUUUCUACAAAAGUACUUAACACAAGAUGAACUUUGACAGUGUACAGAGGCUCAUCAGGAGCAGCCUUGUGCUGGCAUUGUGGGUAAGGCAUUCUGUAAGACAUGCUUUGAUGUUUCCUUUCACUUGGGAAGACUUUAUGCCAACUUUGAGAGGAGCCAUAUGCACUUAGAUAUCUCAAGGUUGAUUUGUUCUUUGGCCUCAUAAUUACUAUGAUAUAGGAAGAUGUAUGUAUGAUGCAAGAAGAUGGAAAAGAUGCCGCCUUUUGUCUCCUCCUGUCUUCCAGUUCCUCCAGGUUCUUGCUUAGUUCCCUUCUCGUUAGUAACAUGCUUCUCUUUAUGGUUGGGCAUAAAGGCUUUAAAUCGAUAAUGCUGAGAGGUAGCACAGUUGCAGGUCUGCCUCAGGCACUGCGGAGAAGAUAGCAACAGCUAGAUUUCCAACUUCAUUCAGCAGGUUAGUGAAAUGAGGAUUUGCAGUUCUCAUUUGGAAGGCAUUGGAAAGCCCCGAGAAGCUUAUCACCUGCUAGGCAAAAAUCAGAGAUGGUAUUGGAAGUACAAAUGCAAGGAAAAAAAUGUUAAAGGAGAGUCAUCCAUAAUAGCAAAGAGAAGCCAAGGGAAGUGGCGCUUUUUAAAAAAUUUUUUAAAAAUUGUAUUUUUGAGGGAGAUGGAUAUUGAAAAAUAGGGAAGUUCUGUUGUGAGCUCUUAGGCACAGUGUGAUGCCACUGGCUUCAGGGGCGUGGCCAAGGCAAAGGGCCUAGGAUUGAACCUGCAAACCAGUAGCCAAAUUCAAUUUGAAGCUUCAUUUUGCUGUAGCUGCAUGUAAAUGCAGUCUGGGAUUGCAUCUGCUUGCCAGGAAAGAAGAGUCUCAUGAAGGAGUACAAUAAACAGUGGACAGGUGGUCUUACCUGAGAAGCUGGCCCUGGUGGUUACAUACAGGUGUUGUUAGUCUGCUUCUGGGUUCUAGCUCCUCCCUGAGCUCCUGCAGCAUCGUGGCUGCUGCAUUUCCCUGUAGGCAUGGGCAAGGCUCCAGGGGUAUUUCUCUCUGUCUCUUUGCUGCGGUGAGCCGAGUCCACUGGUUAAUUCUCCAACAGUAUGAGCCUUUGGGCAGGGAGGAGGGAAAAUUUUUUAGAAGAGCCAGCUACCUGCAGUUGAAUCUUUCAAGAGUAGUAGGGUUCAGGGAAGGUGGUAGGAGAUGCUUUCAGCAGACAAACAAUAGAAAACUUUCCUGCAGUGAUUGUCUGCAGUGAGGUGUUUGUAUGGGUGUCUGGGUAGCUUCCCUGGUGGGUUGUUUACUUUUGCUUUUGUAUUUUUACCAUUACAUGUGAAGGAGUCUCCUGUGCAGGCCUGUUGCAAGGUCCAGUGGUGGUGGAAAUAUUAAUGGAAGGAAUAGUUUUGGGUUAAUGUGCUGACCAGAUCUUUAAGUCUUUCUGAUCUUCUUGCUGAUCUUCUGGGUCACAUUUCAUGAUAAGGUCUUGUGGGCUGUUUCACGUACCUCCUUUAUUUCCUUUCUCUCUACAUUUUUCAUCAUUCUUUCCUUUAUUCUCCUAUUCUCAGAUACUUAUCCAAUGUAAGUAGUGCCAACCGGUAAGUCUUCGGUGGUCCUGGGCAAAUCUGACUGUAAAAUGAAAAGGAGGAGAGAUUCCUGCAAUUCAUAACAUACAUUUUUGGAUGCUAGAAUGACAGUGCAAUAGAUCAAAGUAUCUCUCAGAUCAGUGAGUAAGAUGAUGUUUCACAACACGCUGAUAUGUCACGAACUAGAUGCUGAAGGUACAACAUUGAUCAUGGGAGUGCACAGGCUAGCAGUGAAUGUGGAGGCAUUUUUAACAAGAGUUUACCUUCUCACAAUCUCCUCUUCUUUUGAGAAGUGCAUCAGUAGAAAGUCAUGAAGAAAAAUUUAAAUUAUUCUUUUUAGUACCCACAAGCCCAAAUAAAAGUAAGGAAUAUUGGUGGAAAAAUCUACAUUUGUUUUUACUAAACUUAAACUUGGACUUUAGGAGAGGUCUGGUCAUGAGAGACCUUAGCUCUAUCAGGUAAAGUUUUGGUUUUGUCUUUAAAACUAGACAAAACCACUGUUAUUGGGGAAAAAAAAGUUUUGUGCACGAGAAGGAGUUACGAAAGAUGUGUCUUGGAACAACUUUCUCACUCAUGUCUUCAGCCUUUUUUUUUAAAAAAAACAGUAGUGACUGUUUUAGGAGCUUUUCCCUUUGCUGUUCUGCUGCUUCUCAUGGUUGUUGGGUUCUUUGCUUUCCCCUGUUUUAUUCUGCUUUCAUUUACUCCUUCUCUGGCUACUGUGGAAUAAGGUAGCAGAAGCAUGAAAGUAGAAGGUGGGCUUAGCUGUAGAUUGACAGCAAUAGUUGGCGAAGGCUUUCUUUUCCUGUCUUCUUGAAGUAAGUGUUGGCACCUUUUCAGUCUACUCUGGCUCGUAGAAUUCGGUUUGGAAGUGAACAGGAUGAAACUUGGGCUUUUGACCUUAAAACUGUACUUACUCGAUGUAGAAAAAUGCAUUCUUCCUACUCCUUCCCCUUGCUAGUCCCCCAAACACACACACAGUGAGAUGUCCAGCGUACCCGUGUAUCGACCACAUACACGUGUUGAACUUGGUCCAGUAAUGCUAAUGUUUUACCUGCUUUCUGUCAUCGUCAGCCAGUGCCCACAGAGGUAAACUCUGGAUAGGUAACAUUCCCAGAUACCCUCUGGAAAACUUUAACUUUGGUGCAGAUUGCUCUGAUAUAGCUAACUGCAAUGGCGUUGGCUUCCACCUUGGAGUGGACAGAUUUACCCUGAAAUAACUCUCCAACCUGCGUCUUAAACAGUGUAGUUUGUUCCGGUGCAAAUAGAUUCAUUCUGAAGUGAUAGACAGUUCAAUUCUCAUGCAAAAUAGCUACAUCCUACCAGAAGGGGUUGAACCAGUUUCUCUGAACAGUGAUGACCUUCACUGUACAGUUUUGGGUAUGUCUCAGGGAUUCCUUGUGGAAAUAAGGGCAGUUAACAAAAAAAAAAAAAGUAAAUAGUUUUAAAAGUAAAUAAUAAUUUAAGGUAGAGCGUCACCUAAGUGAGAGCGCAAGAAGGAGAAUUCUUUGUUCAGUUUUAUAGUCCAUGGUGUCUGGCUUAGGGACUCUUUCUCUUCUCGGGGCUUUCAUCUCAAGUUCAACAUACAGAAUCUUUUUCAUCACGCUCAGCUUUAAACUUUUUAUUUAAAGAUACCCUUCCCCAAUGAGCUUUCAGAAUACUUAUUGUAGAUUUUAAGAGAAAUGGUAUAUUAAUUUAUGCUAUUAACAUCACCUCAUAAAUUAUAAGUUUUAUACUAAAGCUGUAUUGAGUGUAAUGAAUUAUGUUGCAUAUGUGUUUUUAAUAGCUAUAAAAUUAUAUACAAGCUUUUUUGGAAAAACAAACUAGUGAAGCACCUUUUUACACUGGAUCUUUGCCGUGUCAAGGUGUACAGCUAUUCUUUGCUACCUUGCAGAUAUCUAUAUCUAUAUAUAGAUAUAUAUAUAUAAAUAAAAUAAAAUGGUAUCCUGUAUCAACAAGCAUAGAACUCUUUUUAACCCUUAUAUUACUGUUCCUAUAACUCUUUUUAAAUUUUAUUUUGAGUGUUACAUUCUGCAAUAAUUUAUCCGUGGUUUGUACCUAUGAUUAGAAAUUUAGUUACAGGGUAAAUAGAUCAAAUUAAAAAAAUCCAACUAUUGUAGCUGGAAGUUGUGAACCAAGUUUGUAAGACCUUUUCUUUUUUUUAAUGUAUUUAUUUCCAGUUAGCUCUGUGAGUUGGAAUUUGAAAAGUCAGAACAUUAGGAAUCUACAGUGUCUUAUUCAGGAAUUUUUCCCCUCCUUUCCUCACAAAGGAAUUCCCACUGUGACUUAUAAAUAGAAUUAGACUGCUUGUGUGCAUGUAUGUAUUAUAUAUACACACAAAAAAUAUGCAUUGGGGGGGAUGUAUGUGCGAUAUGAAUGUGUAUAUUGUAUGUAGGUCAUAGUUUUGUAAAGAGAAAAGUAGUCGAGAGGUGAUGGAAUGUAUUGUAGAAAUGUGAUUAUUUAGUAGGGGGUUGUUAUGUCCUCACUGUUGUAUAAAUAACUGAAACUCUCUACUACAUAAUCUUCUGUUAUAAGGCUAACUCUGAUAUCAUGUCAAUUUUACUGUUUUUUAAAUGAGUUGCAUUGAGCCCUGUUUAAAAUGCCAUGAAAUACCAAGCUCCCAAAGACAGCCUUUAAAUAAAACAAAUAGGGGAGGAGGAGAGCUGGGAGAAAUGAGUGAUGUUUUUCAGGAGAAACUGAGAUGGGAAGGUUUGCAUUCGGUGGAAUGGGGAGGCAUGGGAAUUGCUGUGUCUUUGCAAAUUAAUACCCGAAUCUCCUAUGGUCUGACUUGGAAAAUGUUGUCAGUCAGUGUACUUGUGUUUUCAAAUUAGGUUGUAAGGGCGCUGUUUGUGGAGUGACUGUCUUCAAAGUAGAGUUUUUCUUUCCUUCCUUUGCAUAUAUUAAUUUUGCCCCAGAUCUGCUGUUGUGGGAUUGCAGAACAAAAUACACUUUCAGUCCAGGGAGUUUCACUUGUGCUGUGAAAUUCUGAAUUUAAUUAUGGCCACUUAACUUUUUUUUUUUUCCAUAAUUGGAGAAGGAAGAUAUCUUUAUGGGAGUUCUCACUUGAAAUUGUGAGAAGUCAGAAACAUUCUUUCAGAUUGGCUUACUCUUCAUACUGUUCUAUUUAGGCUGGAGAAAGUAACCUAAUUGUUAUUUAUUCAUACAGUAUCACUUUUAAUGAUGAUGAUCCUGGUGACUUUAAAAAUCUGUUGAGAAAAACAGAGCUUCCAGUAUUGCACAGACAUUUGAAUUUUUUGAAGGCUUUUUUUAAGCAGUUGCAAAUCAAAACUUAAUUUUCAAAAAUUUGUUUUUAUAUCCCCCUCCCUAUCAGUGUGUUGAUACCCUCCAGGCAUCUCUUCCCCUUUCCCCCUCCCCACAGUUUGUUUCUGGCACAUAUGCAUACAACUGAAAGGGCAGGGAGGUGGAAGUUGUCAGAGGCCUUUCCUUCUGCUUAUUUGGUGGUAAUGGGAGCUAGCAGCAUAAAUCUUUAUGCCUUUAUGGGGAAGAAUAAACCCAUUUUUGUGUAUACCUGUACAGAGAGAUAUAUCUGUAUAUGAGAUGUUGGUAGCACUUUGCUGAAUGUGGACUUGCCCUCAUGAUGUACAAUAAAUAUGUAUGGAUGCAAUCAACCUAAAUCUAUAUAUACAUGCAUACAGAUGUAUAGAUGGAAUAUACGUUGUAUCACACACAUGUACAUUAGUUGUAACAUGAGUAAGUGUGUGAGCUGAAGAGAGAGACUAUCCACGUAACAUAUGUGUAACAGGUAAGCACUUGUGCCGAACAAGGUUGUUCUAAUUCUUUUGAGGGAUUUGGAUUAUGUCAGUGACUGAUCUGAGCUUGGUCACCAUUGACUUGUGUUACCUCAGCCCUCGCAGUGGAGUUCCCUUGGUACGUUUCUGCUUUUGUUUAUUCUAUACUAGGCCUCUUGCAAUGCCGACCUCUUCUGCUUCUCUGCUCCCUUGCCUCCAUUCCAGCUCCUCCUUACCCCUGCAUCUCUACAGUUUCUCUUGCUAGCAGCAAUCAGCUUUAAUGGCCCAAUCCAGCUCUGCUUAGGCAAUAGGGAAAUUGUCUUGGUGACUGUAGUGGCAGCUGAAUUGGGCCCUGAGCACUUGCUUGAACAUGCAGAAUUUCCCAGCUAUUCAAUUGUGCUCCAGUACGACUGUGAUUGAUUUGCAGAUGACCACAAACUUUUCUUAGAACCUGAUGCAAAGCUUCCUAGCAUAUCCAAUGGUUAACCCAGCAUCGUAUUUGAGAGCUAAAUGUUCAAAAAGAGAAAAAUGCACCCCCCAAAAAUUGUCUUCAAUUUUCAGCCCCAGGGAGAAAAAGGGAGUUUGGUUUGUGUUUCCUGUAACGCAGGCAGUAAGCUAAGCAGAAGGCAGCCCUGUGCUCUGUUCUGAGCAGUGGGGUUGUCAUCAAACAUAUCAAGAGAAACACAGCUUGUUAUAUUUUACCAUUAAACAGAUUUUAAAACGAGCUACAGAGUUGACCAUUAACAUGCUAGCACUUUGCAUCUGUGUAUUGAAUGAUCUUGCUUAUGCAAGUAAAUUGUGGGUUUAAGUAUUCUAUUUUCUGUUUUCUGACUAAAUGGAGCUUUUAUAUCCUUUUAGCAGAAAGCAGCUGUCAGAAACCUGCUCAGUCACAUUUAAGCACUGUUGAAACUCCUGGCUAACUUGGGCUUCAGUUUCAAUGGAGAAUGCUGCUCCAGUUCUGUCCUAGAGCUGUACUGCAUUCCAUGUUCUCAGUAUGGAUAUGGCAUGAUUUUUCUUGGCCGCAAUUCAGCCAUGGAAUUUUGUCUUCCUUGCAUUUCUAUUAGAAAAAGGUAACUGGUGUCCUGUUCCAUCUGAGCUUUCAUGCAAUCAUACACGACGAUUUCUAUAAUACAUAUGUUUGGGCGUGUGUAUGGGUAUGUCUGUGUACUGUGUGUGUAUAAUACAUAUUUAUAUGCACACAUAUAUUACGCUGUUUCAGUUCAUGUAUGUGGAGAAUGUACCUGUUGGUUCUCUCCUGAUUAUAUACUCAUGCAUACGUAUAUUAAUAUGUAUAUAGAGUGUAGAUGUCCUGCAUAUACAUGUGUAUAUGUUAUGAACCUUGGUUGGCAAUUUUUUCUCACUUUUUGCAAAUUGCUGUCCCUUAUGACAUAUUUUCACUGAAGCUGCAUUAUAUAGAAGAAAUGGAGAAAUGUGUUAUCAAAGUUUUAUUUUAAAAAGGAGACUCUUAAUUAUCUAAAGCCAUUUGUAAUUGUCUUGAAUUUUUACUAGAAGGGUUGUUAUUUAAAAAAAAAAAGAAAAGAAAAAAAAAAGAAAAAGAGAAAACAAAAAACCAAAAGCAAGCAGACAAGCCCUUACUCCCGCCUUCACUUAGAUGGACAUACGAAAGAAAUGGAAACACAAGUUCCUGAGUAUUUAUUUCCUUCAGGGGUUUCUGAGGCGUAUGGUAAUCACAUUCUGCCCCAUCCCCCCUUUUGUCCAAUUAUAAUUAAUGAUUCAUGGUUUCUUUUACACAGCUUUUUCCCUCAUUACUUUACUUUUGUAAAUCAUUGUUCACCUCCUACAUUCAAUAGUACUGACAUCACUAAGGAGAUUUCAUGUCCUUCUGUCCUUUUCAGGAGAAAUACCAGUGCAUCGCUAUUGUGUUACAUUUUAACAUACUUUGUGGAGGAUGGAUGUUUUUAUUGAAGAUAUCUGUAACAAGUCUUUAACUUAUUUAAUGUGAGAAGCCUUCAUUGGAAUCUAUCGUUUGUUUCCCACGAGUUUCUGCAACUGUUUUCUCACCAAGAUAUUAAGCAGUUCCCUUAUUUGAUGCCUGAGGUUUUAGGGUUUGGGUUUAUUGUUGUGGGUUUGGUUUUUGGUUUUUUUCUCUCCAAUUCCCCAAAAUGUUUACCUGCAAGUGGAGCAAAACAGAUGUCAGAAUCUCAACCAAUAUCCUUUUUGCAGUUAAGGUUAAAUAUCUUUAUCCUAGAUUUAAUAAAAGAGAAGGUGGCAAAUGGACAAUCUGAAGUGCUUAGAGGGAAUGCUCACUCUUUAAGGCUGUCUCAGAGAAGUUUGUGUUUGGUGUCAUUUUAAAGGUAGCUUGAUCACGCUUUGAUAUCAGAAACAGCCUUGUAACAAAGAGCCUCGUACAGUUGUUUGGCCACUAGAGUUUAAAAUGUAAACAAGUUGCAGUGGGAAAGCAAAGGUGAGGCAGAGUAUUUUGAACCAGUGAAUUGUAGCUUGCAAACGUACCUGAUUUUGAAGUAACUGCAUGGUAGCAAGGAUUAGCAGUCUCUUACACCCCUUCCUUCUUCCCUCUCAUCCCUGACACGUGUUCAGCAUACCGUACAUUGGGAAAAAUAAACAACUUGCUCCAGCAAGCUAAAUCCACUUAAUGACUGCUUAAAGGGAACAUACAAACUUGCAUUGCUGCAUCCCGUCUCAUGAUAUUAGCUGGAAGACUAGCUAAUACGCACAAAAAGCCCAGUCCAGGUUGCUUCUGCGGAUGCGUCGCUUUUGGAGAGUGCGGUGCAUGGGGAUGCCAGAGAAGAAGGGUCGCUUCCUACGGGGUCCCCGGCAGCGAUAGCAACUCACACUACUGCUUCUAGUGCUGGAGGCUCACGGACAGCAUUCCAGGGGCGGGUAGGAAAGCUCGUGUUUGUACUUUCCCUUUAAAUAGGAAAGGUUGGCUCACAUGUUCCUCAUACUUCUCAAUGAAUGUACUGUAUUAACAUUUAAAAAAAAAAAAUCAAUGAAAUGAUAAUAGAUUGGUCUCCUUUUGUUAUCUGGUCCUUGUUUAAUUUGUUUAAGGGUUUUUGUAUACAAAAGUUUACAUUUUUAUGUAUAUUUUUCUUGUGUAAAAACUGAUGUAAUAUGUGUAUAAAACACUGUAUGUAUUAUCUGUAUAUAGUGUGACAAAAUGAUUUUCUUUCUUUCUUUUGGAUGUAUUAAUAAAUCUUGCUGUGAAGUAGCCGUGUUUACUAUGAUGAAAACCCUCUUCUCCAAGCCAUUUUGCUACGUCAGAGAUGUAUGAAUAUUGCCCAGGCUGAAAUCUAAUCCGUAAAGUCAUUUCGUUUUUCUUUUAAAACAUAUCCUAAGUACAGUUAUUAAACUGUCCUUUGCUUAGAUAGCUGUAGAGUCUGAUUCUGCUCUUGCUUAUUCUCUAUUGCUUUCUAAUGACAUUUAGCUAAUUAGUUUUGCAAACAAGCUGGGGUCUUCAAUCUCAGUCCUGAUUCUAAUUAUAGUGCUUUCUAGCUCUGGAUCACUGGCCUGGAGACCACAUCCUCUUCAUCUUGUUUUCUGGUUUGAGUUUGCAGAACUGUACUUGAAAUAUAAUUUAAGGAGUAUAGAAUAGAAUUUUGUCUUACAUGUUGUUAUGUUUGCUGAGAUUUAAAAAAUACAUACCUGCUUCAUCACCGAAA